AUGUUCCUCUUGGCAGUCCUGCUAACAAACCUACUGCUGGCCACUGUAGUAUCAGGAUCAUCAGGUUCUUCGCUUCAGGAGUCAUCAGUUUCCCGUUGCAGCCUGUUUGGGAAUGAUCACAUCAAAACUUUUGAUGGUUCUUUCUACAAUUUUGCUGGGGACUGCAGUUACCUCGUUGCUGGAGACUGUCACAAGCGCUCCUUCACACUCUUAGGUGACUACCAGGGUGGGGAGAAAAUCGGUUUCUCUGUGUAUCUUGGAGAAUAUUUCAAUCUUCGCUUCUCUUUAGAUGGAGGUGUGAUGCAGGAAGACAAAAGGGUUUCCAUACCUUUUGCCUCCAAUGGCAUAUUUAUAGAGAAGGAGGCAGGUUAUUAUAAAAUAUCCAGCGAUGAGCAUGGCUUUGUGGUGAAGAUUGAUAUCAGUGGGAAUAUUCAGAUACUCCUUCAGGAAAAGUACUAUAAUAAGACCUGUGGGUUGUGUGGCAACUUUAAUAAAUUUGCUGAAGAUGACUUCAGAACUCAGGAAGGGACCCUUGUGGGAAACAGUUACGAUUUUGCGAACUCCUGGGCUUUGCACAGUGAAAACAAGCGGUGCAAGAGAGUGCAGACACCAAGCAACACCUGCAACAUUUCAUCUGAUAUUGUGGAAAAGGACAUCAUGGAAACCUGUCAGCUGCUAAGAACAUCUUUGACCUUCUCCCGGUGCCACCACCGAGUUGAUCCAGAGCCAUACAUGGAUCUCUGUGAAAGAGACAUCUGUGCCUGUAGCCAGGGCAUGGACUGUCACUGCUCGGUGUUCCUCGAUUAUGCAAGAAGCUGCGCUCAUGAAGGAGUGACUUUGGAUGGGUGGCCUGAAGAGAGUUUAUGCC